CGUUUCCUCUGUAAGAAUUUAGAAAAAAGCUUCCACAUUUUUCUGCUGGCACUGCCUAAGAUAAAAGAAAAGAAUAUCUGAUGCUGCAAAGGAUGAGAGAUAGAAGCCACCUACCAAUAUUUCUCUUUAAUACCAAGCUACAAACAACAUCACCCAUACAACUGAAGAAAGGCAGACUGGAAAUAACCUUUGGUGCACUGCUUGCAUAAAGGAAGGGAAAGCAGCAGAUCAGAUAAUCUUUUUGCUGAUGCAGGCUAGUACUAGCAUUCAGUGGUACGGGAAAAUCGGGUGUUACUGUGAAGACUGAGCCCAUCUGAAGGACUGCUGUGCUUAAAAUGACAUGCAGAAAAACAGCUAGCGAUCCAAACCUCAGCCAAAGAAGUCACUAUUGUUUGCCAAGAAAUACAGAGUUCUAUGUCAAACGAUGAAAACUUCCUUAUUGUAGAGACAAGAAUGUAUAAUUACAGUUCUACAUCAAAUAUGAGUGAUAUGUGCUUGGGGAAUGGCCGUUCAUUUUUUACAACCACCCUGUUACCAGUAAUUUACAGUCUUCUAUUCAUUGGCUCACUGAUUAUGAAUAGCAUCGCAGCUUGGAUAUUCUUCCAGACUAAUAGCAAGAAAAGCUACGUGGUUUUCCUCAAGAACAUUGUUGUUGCAGAUUUGGUAAUGACCUCAACAUUUCCAUUUACAGUACUGAACUAUGCACAAGUAUCCACUAAUGUUUUAAAUCAAAUUGUCUGCCGAUUUUCUGCUGUUGUGUUCUAUUCAACUAUGUACAUCAGCAUAAUACUUUUAGCACUGAUAAGUUUGGAAAGAUAUAUAAAAAUAGUAAAGUUGCCAGAGGGCAACAUAUUUCAGAAUGUGAAAUAUUCCCAGAUUAUAACCAUAGUUGUCUGGGUGUUCAUGUUUAGUAUCACAGUGCCAAACAUGAUUAUGAAUAAGAAUAAUGUAGUUUUGGAAAACAGAAUGCAAUGUGCUUCACUUAAAACAGACCUUGGGUUAAAAUGGCAUAAAUUUUCAACAUAUUUUUCAAUGUUCAUAUUCUGGACCACUUUCAUUUUAAUGGUGAUAUGUUAUACCUUUGUGUUAAAAGCAGUUUAUGAAUCUCACAAAAAUACUGACGUAAGGCUAUCAGGUGGCAAAAGAAAAUCAAGGCGUAAUAUAUUUUGCAUUCUGGGGGUGUUCUUCAUUUGUUUUGUACCAUAUCAUGUUUCCCGAAUUCCAUUUACUCUAAGCCAAACAGAAGAUGUAUUCAACUGCAGAACAGAUAAAGCUCUGUUUUAUGUAAAGGAAGGAACAUUGCUUGUGUCAGCUGCAAAUGUAUGUUUAGAUCCCAUAAUCUAUUUUCUUUUAUGCAAGUCGUUUACUAAGUCUGUACUUCAAAACUUUAGAAUAUUACAAAAGAAAAGAAAAAUGUCAACUGUCCAUCAUGUAUUUCUUAAGAAGGUAACAGUCGAUUCAGGACAAUCCACAUCUUAAAAGAAAAUACCAGAAGGUUUUGAACUGAAAAAAUCAAGCUGCAAUUGCAAUAGAGCACAAUACGAUUGACUAUCUAUGCAAGUUCCUCUUCAUAUUUAUUUCUGAGAGAAAGAAUAUUCAUGUUUGUUGUGUCUUGUUGAAUGCACAAAACUACAGAAAAGCAGAUAAAAAUUGUACAGAUUAAUGCAAUAAGUGGUCAUGUGUUUAUCUGUUUAAAAGUUUUAGGUUUAAAUGAAUUGGGGAUUCCACUUUAUAAAAAGUUGUUUUAAACUUUGCAUUUAGUAGUGGAAGAAAGAUGCAUCAUCUCAUUGAACUAUGCAUGACAUUCCAGAAAAUUAGAAAACUUUCAUUAUGAUAUGACAGUCUCUGUUUUGACACAUUCUAUGCAAACUAAAAGUCUUUGACUCAAGUUAUUUCCUCUCUACUACCACAGGGAAUGCCUUUUGUGAAAAUGGGUUAACAACUCAUUCAACAAUCUCUCUUGUUGAGACUCAGAAGAAAUGGAACACACUUAAUUAUCCUGUGUUGAAAACAGCUACUAUACUCUUGUAAAUAGUCAACCAAUUGACCGUAAAAAGGCAUACAGUCCAAAACACAUAGUAGGAUUCUUGUAAAAGAUUAACCACUUGACCAAAGUCCAUCACAUAAUAUUAUAAAGAACAUUUUUUUCGUUUAGACUUGAUGUCUAUUGCAGGGUACAUUUAGCCUCGUACUUUACCACUAUAACUUUGUAACUACCUAAGGCAUACGUUGUAAUUCACUAAUGCUUAAAACUGAGUGUUAAUUUAUAUUAUUUACAGAUGAAACAACAUAUAUAAAAUGAACUGCAAACUGCUGCUUUGAUUAAAUUUAAAAUAAUUAUAAUCAAUGAACUAUUUAUAUUAUUCAAUAAAUGAACAAUGAAAAACUGUUUACCUUCAAAAUACCAUGACUCCAUGGUAUGGCUGUAGGAUUUGUUAGUCAAAAGUUUGACACAGGUAUAUU